AUGGAGGAUUUGAAAGAAAAGAUCUUUCAAUUUGGAAUAUAUGGAGCAAAGCUGGAAAAACUGAGUAAAGACGAAGUAGAAAUCGCUAUUGGAGAACCGUGGGUGGAAAUACUAAAAGUCGAAACAAUAGAAAAUCUGAAAAGAAACUUCAUCACCGAUUGCUUGAGAACAGAAACGAAUGGAUAUAUGGUAGAUAACUUCCACUGGGACAAGCUGUAUGUAAGAAUGGGGACACUUGCCUGGAAGGAUUAUCUAACUGCUGGGACAUUUAAUUUCACAUCGAAAGAGUACUUUCUAAUAAUGAGUCUUCUUAUAGAGACCAAGAAGUAUGUGGACAAUGUGGAGCUCAGGAAGUUGCGGCUUGAUCCCAAGAAAACCCACUACUGCAUUAAAAGGCUUGUGAGAAAAGGAUUUAUAGAAUACAGAACAUCCGAAGAAACAGAGAAAAAAAACUUUAUAUACAAAAUUAAGGCAAUUCUGGAUGAAAGAGGAUUUAUAACGCGGAAAGUAGCACAACCAUUAACAGACUCGGGGCGGAUUGAUGUGGUUGGAAGAAGACGCCUGUUUGAAUACCGAAUCGAAAUUGGACUAUACGACAACGUUCGGGAAAUGAUCUUGAGCUCUGAGGGAGGAAUAAUUACAAAGGACUUAAAAGACAAGCUUGGAGUUAGCUCAAAAAUAGGAUACAAGCUUCUCAAUAAGAUCUACAACGAAGAAAAGGGGAUUUUCAAAAGGAUUGAGGAAUUCCAGGGCCGUAUUAGGAGAUACAGAUACCAUGCGGCUUGCAAAGAGCUUUCCUACCAAGUCCCUGAGGAAGCCGGAACUGUAGAAUAUAUAACCUCGGAAGAAAGAGUAAGAGCUAUCAAAAAGCUUAUGUCCAUGAGUUCUGUUCUUCAGCUUGAUAAGCAGACCUAUGAAAAACUUCAGGAGAUAACAGGAUGGAAAUACGAGUUCGACAGAAGAACCAUAAUCAGAUCGGCUAUACUUGCAGGGUUUAAGAUAUACAAGCAAAAGAAGGGAAGGGAAGGAAAGUGCAGCAGAUAUAUGAUAAUAAGAAACGAGGUCUCUGAAUCGGAUAUUGAGGCCUUGGAUGUGCCAAGCAAUGUCAUCCAAGAAGACAUGUCCGAAUUCCAAAGAAAGAUAUACAACAUCUUUGUUAAUUCACCAAAGCUUGUGGAGAUGGACAACGGAUACAUUCCUCAGAGGGAGGAAAGACUACAGCUGUUCUAUAGGUUUCUUGUGGAAUAUAUGGCCUUCCAAGGAGUAAAAUCGCUAAGAUUUGACUGGGAGGUGGUAAAAGAAAUGGAAUUUAGCCUUUUGCUAUCGAUAGUUCCCUUCGGCAGAAUUGGAUUCCGAGAGUCUCUCUGCCAAUUCAUAGACUCAGGAGAGACAGAUAGUAAUGCGUUCAGAGCAAAAGAAUGCAUUUUAUCUGGAAAGGCAGAACCUUCAAACAUCACUUCUCUUGCCGGAAAGAGGGUCUCCGAUGUUGUUGAUAUGAAGCUACCCCAGAGCAUAAGAAAGCUUAUCAGAUUAAAAAUAGGAGUAGGAAACUUUGUAUCCUUACUCAAGCAGAUGAAAGACCUCCAAGUUCUCGACAUUGAGAUAUCAAGCAAGAAGAUAAUGAUAAAAGAAAACUCCAUGGAUCUCUCUUCGGGGAUAAGGGCUUUUGAGAGGGUAAAGAGAUCCAAGAGCAGUGGAAAGUAUGUUUCCCUGGAAAAGAGGCUUGAAUUCUACAAAAAGAUACGCAAUGUCGAGGAGAAGAGAUUCUAUGACGAGGCAUACAGAACCAUCUACACGGAAUUCAAGGGCGAUGAGUUUGAGGCUAUGUUUGAUAGAUUGAAAAUGUUCGGAGAUGAAGGGAUAGAUGAUAUAAAGCAAACCUCGUUGGAAAGACUGUAUAUAGAAUUCAAGAAAAACAUAAUCGAACUAGGAUGGAUAGGAGCACUAGAUUUCAAUUCAUACUCCGUUUCGGAAGCCAAAAAAGUACUAAAAGCACUUUCUCGAGACAAGAUAAUAGCAAACUAUAAGGGCAUAAAGAAAGUGGAGUUUGUCACGCCGCACGAGAGCUUUCUCCGGGUAAUUAACAAGAAGUACGAUGUGUUCAAGUUCAAAGGAUAUAAUCAGUACAAAGGAACGGGGUACUUCUCGCAUUACUUUGAUCUAGUCUAUUACACCUUAGCAACAUCUGGAUCCUUGGAAGUUACCGAAUUAAUUUCUCGUGUCAGAUUCAUAGCUGAUUUCGAGAUGGAAAUGUUUCUUUCUGAGUAUAAAAAAGUUUUUAAGGUCUCUAAUGUCAAUAAUACCAGAAUUAUCUCUCUCGGCAUAUUCAUGGAUCCGUUUGAAUAG